AUGUCGAUCUCAGUGUCAGAAUUCGAAACGCGGCUCAGAGAAACACUAAUUGCCAACAAUGGCAGACUACCCAUGCCCGAUCGCUUCAACAUCGUCCUCAAUAUUGAGAAAUCCCUCCAACAAGACGAACACCAGACCUGGGGCUUUGUCAUAUACCGUUGCACUUACACGAGUGACGCGGACUGGGCCGAAUUCAUGCGACGCUUCAGAAUGCGCACCGAAGAGGCGCUGGAAUACUUCCAAAGGAGAUAUCUCAUGGAUGCCAAACUCAUUUUCACUGUUAUCGAGGACAGGGAUGUGUUCGAAAGUGCAAGCACAUCUACCGUCCGCGAGCAUUUCAAGCGUUGGGUGAUGGAUGCGCCGCUGCGUGAGCAAGGGCGUGGGGCUGGGAGGUCGCCGCGCUAUAAGUACUGCAUCCAUGUGGAUUCCAUAUCGGUCCAUUCAGUAUUGCAAGAUUCUCCAGCCGAAGGACGCCAUAAUUCUACCGAAGGGUUUGUCAACCUGAUUGACAAAGGUUGGAAAUUGGAUUCUGACAACUGGGAUGAAUGGGAUGAGCUCGAUCCUUCAUCCAACGAGCCAAAUGAGCCCAUCGAAGGCGUGCAGUUAUGGGAUGUGGGCUGGAUGAGAGUAAGGUACCACUCAGUGAUGGUGGAGAUGUACAAUAGCCUGCGUAACGGGGCAGUCUGGAUCCGCGAAUAUCGGCGCCCGCCACAAGUUGCAGACAGUUGA